UUCAGACUUGUUUAUGAUUGCUUAAUUAUGCAUUGAUACAGUACUGCUUUUUAGUGUAACAUUUUAUUCCAAUUAAGGUUAGCUGGGUGCAAAGCAUUUCAGUAUUUUUAGGCUUGUUUGUUUUGAUGACAACAGGCCUGUGAACCUAAAUUCUUGGAACUAUAUCUUGACGUGUGUGUGUGUGUGUAAGCUGUAACGGCUGUGCUGAUGGAGCAGUGUGCAUGUGUGGAACGGGAGCUUGAGAAGGUGCUACACAGGUUUGUCACGUAUGGACAUCAGUCAGAAGAACGGCUGGAUGAACUCUUGAGGAACGUCUGUGAGCUGAGGAGUCGAUUGGUUGCCUACGGUGUACAAGAUGCGGAUUUGUCAGUGCUCCAUCAAACAAUGGCCCAGUGCUGUAAGGAAAUCAAGGAAACUGUACAGAUGCUCGCCUCAAGGCAUAAGGACAUCCAUGGUAGUGUGUCGAAAGUGGGGAAAGCGAUUGACCGAAAUUUUGAUGCAGAGGUGAGUGCAGUUGUAGCUGAAAAUGUCUGGGACUCUCCAGAGAGACAGAAAUACCUCAGUGAAACUAUCGUAGAACACCUGUAUCGACAAGGCAUGCUGAGUGUUGCAGAGGACCUCUGCCAGGAGUCUGGUGUAGUAAUCGACAUGAGCAUGAAACAGCCAUUUCUGGAGCUCAACCGCAUUUUAGAGGCUUUAAGAACACAAGAUCUCAGACCAGCUUUAGAGUGGGCGGUGACAAACCGUCAGCGGCUGCUGGAUCUGAACAGCACCCUUGAGUUCAAGCUUCACAGACUCUAUUUCAUCAGCCUGCUCAACGGGGGCAUCAGCAAACAGCAGGAAGCUUUACAGUAUGCACGCCAUUUCCAACCGUUUGCCUCGCAGCAUCAGAGAGAUAUUCAGAUCUUAAUGGGUAGUCUAGUGUACCUCCGCCAUGGGAUCGAGAACUCUCCAUACCGCAGUCUGCUGGAGACGGAUCAGUGGGCAGAGAUCUGUAACAUCUUCACACGGGACGCUUGCGCCCUGCUUGGACUCUCUGUGGAGUCCCCACUCAGUGUCAGUUUUGCGUCCGGCUGUAUGGCGCUGCCUGUUCUCAUGAACAUCAAACAGGUUAUUGAACAGAGACAGUGCAGCGGUGUUUGGACACAUAAGGAUGAACUGCCAAUUGAAAUAGACCUGGGGAAGAAGUGCUGGUAUCACUCUGUGUUUGCCUGUCCUAUCUUGAGGCAGCAGACGUCAGAGAGCAAUCCACCCAUGAAGCUCAUCUGUGGACAUGUCAUAUCAAGAGACGCUCUUAACAAACUCACCAAUGCUGGAAAGCUUAAAUGCCCAUAUUGUCCAAUGGAGCAGAAUCCAUCAGAUGCCAAACAGAUCUUCUUCUGAUGUCUUUUUUCGGAGCGUAGCUGAAUGACGUGUUGAAGGCCUCUUGGAGCCGCAGUUAGAAUGAUCCUCAUUCACUGGCAUGACGAGCCUUCUGUGGUGGCUUCUCCCCCGUGACGCCACCUCCCUCUCCAAAGCUUUUAGUUUACAGAGGCUGGUGGCAACAUACCUGUAGAACCCGAGUCAGUAAGUGUACCUAAUGAGGAAAAGAUCUUGCGGAUCGUUCAUUUGUUAACACAGCCUAGUAUAAACAGGCUUUUAUGAGUACGUAUGUGUGUGCGCAUUUCGCUUCCUCUCCAUUUGUUUUAAUUGCAGAGUAUUUUUAAGUUUCCAUGGUAUAACACCUCUUUUUCUUUCUUUGUGACUUUUAUUAAGCGAAUGGGAGUGAUGCAUCUGUGUGGGUGACUUCUUGCCAGAAUAUAUCCACAGUUUCCUCUUUUGAGAUCACAUUUAAAUACACGAACGGGGAUUCUUUGCACGUGUACGUGAUAGAAAUGGUUUUUCAGUAUGCAUAUUAACAUGGAAUAAAAAUAAGGAUUGGUGAACGGGUGCUUGUUGAUUUAUAAACAAAUUACGUCUCUUCCCAAUGUAAUAAAGGCUGUUAUUGGAGUGAAUGGCAUUUUGAUUAGUGCAUCAUUGUGAAUAUUCAUCAGAGAUCAGAGGAUUUGUGUGUGCAGAUUGUAAUCUUGUUCCUUACGCUGGUCUGAUGUCAGAGGAAACCUUUUUGUCCAAGCCAUGUGUCUUGCUGUUUAAAAAAAAAAAAAAAAAAAAAAGUUUAAAUUAAUAUACAGCAGUGAUUUGUGAUGGUAUAACUUUUCAUUAGUAUAAUUACAUAUGUAAUGUAUUUAAACACUUGCACACACCAAUUGUUUUAACACAGAUUUGACUGGACUUACAUUACCUCACAGCUUCGGGCUCCUCUGCUUUACAUAAUCAAAACACACGUUGAUUCGAGAAAUGCAUCCUCUGCAGACAGUUGCAUUAGUGAUUGAAACUUUGCCAGCAUAAAGUACUGAAACAAUAUGCCCGUUAAUGUACAUUUGAUGGUAGACUGACUGUGUUUUAAUGUUCCCCAUCAAGAUGUGACUUUCCAGGUGUUUUCCAUAAUCCCUGAAUGUAAAGUUCAGUUUAUAUCUGUAUAGGUGAUGGGAGAUGGUUGAAUAAUAUUGUAUCCCUAAGGAUAUUCAUCAAAUGCUCACUGGCUUAAACACAAUGUAACUGCUAACUGUUCCGUUCCACUUUAGGGAUCGAUAUCUCAAAAUGUGCAUGCCGAAGCGGAAUGUGUGGUUUGUAAAUUUUCCUUUUACAGUGAUUGAAUGAAAAUGAAAUUUCACAAGCUUUUUUUGAUCCAGACCUGAGACUCAGUCGCCAUCAGGGAGAGAAAAACUUUUACCGGAGCUCUUUAACAUUCUCGAAGGGCGGGCGUGUACCAGCACAGAUAUGUUCUUCAGCAAACAAUGUCUUCAUUUUUUUUUUUUCCCCUCCAUUUUGGUAAAUGCAAAGGCUGUCCUCUUGUUUAAUCCUUUAAGAGGUGUGUAGGAGUGCUGUGUGGCCACUGACAUGUGCUGAUAAUAAACGUUGUCUGUUAUUUCUUUUAGGAGACAAUCAUUUAUUACCUCCCUAAAAUUUGUAAGAUCAAAGCAGAGUAUUGUGAGUUUAAGGAAGUGAUUUUUGUUUUAGUUUUCAUUCAGUGAUUGAGAAAUGACUCUACUAGCUUUCUCUACUAACUACUGCGAGGCAACUAUUGUAAAUAUUUAUCUUCUAACAGUACAGUAUGUUUAUUAUACUUGCAUCUAAAUAAUAAAAAGAUUUAUACUCAA